AUGCUUUUCAGGCUGCCCAAGGGCUAUCCGGGCGACUCACGGCCCUUGGUGGAGCUCUCCGCGCCCUGGAUGGACCGCGAGGAGAAGGCCUGUCUGGUGGACACCAUCGAAGAGCUUUGUGCGGCGAAUCCAGGCGUCGCCAUUCUGUACAUGAUCGCCGAGGCCGGUCAGCAGGCGAUAGCCGCAAUACGAGAGAGGGAGGAAAAGGAACGGGAAAGCCAAAUCCAUGAGAACCAUUCAGAAAUCGAACUUCUGGAAGAGAAGCAGGACCAAAACGUCGAAGAUGACGAUAAAAGGUAUCAGCUGCAGAAGCAACAGCAACAACAACAGCAGAUCACCAUCAGCCACGGCGAUCCUCUCGUAGACCGACGAAGUACCUUCCAGGCACACCUCGCCGCUGUCCGCUCGCCAGAAGAGGCCGCGGCCGUUCUCGCCCAGCUCAAAUCGAACCGCAAGGUCGCCUCUGCGACGCACAACAUCUGGGCCUAUCGGAUAGUGUCUGAGGUUAGUGAGCAACAACAGACUGCGAUGAGCGACUGCGACGACGACGGUGAGACGCACGCCGGAAGCCGCCUCCUCCACCUGCUCACCAUCGUCGAUGCCCGCAAUGUGAUGGUGGUCGUGUCGCGGUGGUACGGCGGCGUCCAGCUCGGUCCUGACCGCUUCAAGCACAUCAACAACGUCGCCCGGCAGCUGCUGCUGGCGCAGAACUACAUCAGCGCCAAGUGA